AUGCCGCGAUACGACCUGGACGACGGUAACGGGGAGCGCGAGCCUCUCGACAAUGCCUACCGCUCUCAUCCGCGCUCGCCAUACCCUCCGGAACAGUACCAGGACCACCAGCCGUACUAUAACGCCUCGCCCCCGGGCCAUCAAAAUCACCAGCACGACCCGAGGACCCGACAGCACCCAGGCGGUCAUCCCGAUCCCAACUUCGGUCGUAUGAGAGACGAGCGCAGGAACGACCGUCAAGGGGUCCCCCAGGCUGCCGUAGGUGCAGUGGGCGGCGCAGCUGCAGGAUACGGCGCCCAUCAGAUUGGCUCAAACAUGGCCUCACCACAAGUUCCCCCUCACACCAACUGGGCGCCGUCCCAGCAGAGUAAUCUUAACCCCAACAUCACGCCCGGAGCAGACAACUUCAGCGAGGGCGCUUCAGGGGGCAUGGCGGGUAUUGCUUACAGCGUCGCCGAGCGCAACGCCCGAGAGAGCGGCGUCGACGCCAUGAGGAACGUCGGCCAGGCACAGCCUCCCCGACCCCAGUUCCCGAACGCACCUCCGUCAGCUUAUAACCAGCCCCGAGGCGACGCCUACGAGAUGAGCAACGCACCUCGCCCGUACGCCCAAAGCGACCGCACUUCUCACUCCAGUCUCACUGCCCUCGGCGCUGCUGGGGCAUCACCCGCCAGGCUAUCCCCUUCAUCAACGCCGUACGGCUACAGUGACUACUACAACGACCACCCGUACUACCAAAGGAACGCCGACCACCUCGGCGUUGUCGACCCCAACUCAAUAGCAGACGACGGCGACGACGGUCUGGACUACGGCAAGAGCCGAAGCGGACGCAACUCAAUGCUCAGCCUUUCAAACCACAGCGACCGCACGGGCAACAGCCGGCCCGGAGCGGCGGCGGCGGGUGCAGGCGCAGGUGCUGCGACUGCCCUCAUGGCUGGUGCCGGCCGGACGGGUAAUGGCGGUGGCGGAUACUACGAUCCCGUCAAGGGCUCGGCCUUGGGGGGCAGUAACAUUGACCUUGGCGGCGAGAAGCGCUCCGAGUGGGUGAAGUCGCAGAACGGUAACAGGAAAAAGUGGAAGUGGUGUAUCAUCAUUGUGGUCAUUCUCAUCAUCGCCGGUGCCAUCGCUGGCGGUACUGCCGGCUGGUUGGUCUCCAGGAACAACCGAAGCGGUGCUAGCAGCGGCAGCAGUGGCCAGUCGGCCGACGACGACACCAACUCCAACGGCGACCUCAACAUCAACAGCAAGGAGAUCAAGGACCUCAUGAACAAUAAAGACCUCCACAAGGUCUUCCCCGGAAUGGACUACACUCCCAUGAACACCCAGUACCCCGACUGCGUCCACAACCCCCCUUCUCAGAACAACGUCACCCGCGACCUCGCUGUUCUCAGCCAGCUGACCAACACCAUUCGUCUGUACGGCACCGACUGCAACCAGACGCAGAUGCUGAUCCACUCGAUCCAGCAGUUGAAGAUGGAGGACACCAUCAAGAUCUGGAUGGGCGUUUGGCAGGAUAAGAACGAGACAACCAACGCAAGGCAGCUGACGCAAAUGUGGGACAUUCUCGACGAGUACGGCGACAAGUACUUUGAGGGCAUCAUCGUCGCCAACGAGAUUCUGUUCAGAAAGGAAAUGACGGAAUCCGACCUGGGCACCCUCCUCAAUGAAGUCCGCACCAACCUGACGGCCAAGAGCUUGAGCCUCCCGGUGGCUACUUCGGAUCUCGGCACCGACUGGACCGCAUCGCUGGCGGCCAAGAGUGACUACAUCAUGGCCAACAUCCACCCGUUCUUCUCGGGAAUCAACGCCAAGGACUCCGCCAUGUGGACAUAUGCCUUCUGGGAGGACCACGCCAAGAGCUUCUUCAAGUCGGACUCCAAGAAGAACGUCAUCGCCGAGGUCGGCUGGCCUAGUAAGGGCGGUAUGAACUGCGGCAACGGCCUGGCUACGGGCUGCCCCGAUGCCUCGGUUGCGGGUGUCGACGAGAUGAACGAGCUCCUCGACAAAUGGGUCUGCCCUGCUCUGACCAACGGCACAAACUACUUCUGGUUCUCCGCGUUUGACGAGCCAUGGAAGAUCAAGUUCAACGAGAAGAACAAGGACUGGGAAGACCAGUGGGGCUUGAUGGAUGUUGACCGCAACCUCAAGACCGGUGUUAAGAUCCCAGACUGCGGCGGAAAGACCGUUUGA